GUUGAAUACUUUUAUCAAUUUUGUCAAGUGACAUUUAUUUGGUGGAAAUAAUAAAAAAAUGAUUUCUAGAUUUACAUACAUUUCACAAAUAUAAUAAAUUCUCCUUGAUUGCAGAUAGAUGCAAUGUUAAUAUAGAAAUGAAUAUAUUGGGUAAUAAUUGUGACAGUCAAAGGAAUAUUAAAUGUUUUUUAAAAUCAACAUCUUGACAAGGUGGUAAAAUGACUUGAAAAUGACGAACGGAUGCAAUGAAUAUUUGGAAUCCAAAAUAGCUGAGCGCAAUGAACGUGCUAAAAAAGUCUAUAGGUAUGUAAGUGAUAUUGCCCGACGCCUGAGUGAGGCCACAGCAGAUUGUUGUGUGCUUCCAGAUCUGUUCAGCACAAACAUUGAAUCACAACGUCAAAAGCUACGUGACUAUUGUGAGAAGUUAUUCUUUUUAGAUCCAGAAAAUUAUGGUAAAAAAUCACUCGAACUUCUGUGGCGUAAAGUAUAUUAUGAUACAGUAAGUGUUGCUAAAAAGCUAAGAGCAAAUGAUAAUGGUGGUGACAACUAUUUAUUCAGCCAUAUUCUAUGUGGGAUCGGUCAGUUCCAUCAUUUUAUGACUAAAAUACAGUCUGAAAUGCAAGUAGAAUUAAAGGAGUUAGACUUUUUGCCUUUAUUCGUUGAUGAGGAAAAUGAAGAAGUUAAGCAAGAAUGUCAACAAUCUGAGAAAAAUUAUGAACUAGGCAAAUCCAUCUUGUUUUCCUGUUUGAUAUAUCUUGGAGAUUUAAGUCGGUACCAAGUGGAAAUAUUCAACACAUUUGAUUCUUCUUUGGCAGCUCGUUACUAUCUACAAGCUGCUCAGAUUGAUUUAACAUCUGGAAUGCCAUUUAAUCAAUUAGGUAAUCUAUAUUUGGAUAAAAAUUAUAAUUUAGACUCUGUUUGUUACUACAUCCAUUGUCUCAAUGCCUUGUUGCCUUUUGAAGGGGCAAUAGGAAAUUUGACCAAAAUAUUUGAGAAAAAUUCUCAAUUCUGUGAAUCAAUGAAUAUCACCGAUUCUAUGACUCAAGCUGAACAUAUGCAAAUUACCAUUGCAAAAUUUCUGACAUUAAUUGAAAUAUGGUAUCUAGGCAAAGAAGAACAUAAUGUUGCAAAAAUAUGCAACACAAUAGCUCUACAAUUUAAAAUAGCUAUGAAUUUUACAAAAAUGCCCCUUCCAGAUAUUAACAAAAAUUACAACGAAUACACUCAAGCAAUUGAAGAAGAAAAUGUUAAUCCGUCUUAUUUAAAUGCAAGCAUUAUUCAUAAUAUUGUUCAAAUUUGUUUAUUUACUAUUGCCAAAUUAAAUGAUUCAGAUGAAAGUAAAGCCUUUGCUUGUAAAGCAUUUACACUGGCCUUUUUAUCUCAAAUACUACAAAAACUUUUGAAACAAUUAGAAUCAUUUGGCCUAAAAAAUCCUGCCCAUAAAUAUAAUUCAAGAUAUUUACUCAACAAAUCAUUAAAUAAGGAAAUCGAAAAAGAUAUUGAUUAUGAAAAAAACUUAGAAACUGCAACUGUACCAGAUAAAGUGAAUUUGACAAAUGGUGAUACAAACUCCUAUGAUGAAACAUUAAGUAAAGAAAAUAACUCUGAAGAAAUAAACACUGUAACAAAUGGCGAUGUUAAAAAUAAUAAAAAAUCUGUCGCGAAACGCCGUCGUAGGCGUCGUGUUGCUUCAUCAGAGAGCUCAGAUAUGAGUGACGUGGACACUGAAAGCAGUGGAGUUGAUACAGAUAAAUCGGAUUCAGAAGACGAAGAAGAAGAUGCCUCAGAUUCACCCCUUCACUCCGACGAUGAUUCAAAAAGUGAUGGGUCUGUUUAUGAUGGCAUGGAUAAUGAAUUAGAUGUUAAAAUUAAUGGCACUUUAGAAAAUAUAAACACUGGUAUUGAUGAUAACAAUAAAGAAAUCAAUGCUAAUAUAAAAGCUACAAUUAAAAAUCAUGACAAACUACAACCACUUGAUGAUACAAAUAAAGUUAAUAUUUCAGAAAUAGAAAAAUUUUUACUUGGUGAUAAUUUCCUACCCAGUAUAAAACUCUUGCAGGAUUGGGUGCUGACAGAAAAAGACCUAAUUUUGUCUUGUGGGGACAGUGGAGAGGCUUUGUUUCAGUGUGUGGUAGAUUUGUUAAAUAUCUUUCUUUACUAUUUCAGUGCAAAAGGCAAUGAAAUUAUUACGAGCACAGAGUAUAAAAUUCUAGAUUGUGCUAAAAAAAUUGCAAAACGACUAAAACUCGAAUAUAAGUCCAUACCAUUACCUGAAGACAUUAAUUUACGUGGUACCAAUAUUUGUAAAUUUGACAAAGACGCUGCUGAAUGGCAAAUAAUUGAAAAAUCUAAGCCAACUGUAAUUGAAGAAAAUGUCAUCCGCAUUUUGAAUUUUAUUGACUUUGGAUACCAAAUUGCGAAGAUUAUCCCGAGAAUAAGAUUCAAUAGAUCAUUAAAAAUAUUCUACUUUAAAAAAUCUCUUCCUCCAAAAGUGACAACAAAGAUUAACCACAAGAAAGUUAGAGAAUGGCAAAAUACAAAAAAACAGAUGGAGUCUAGUGAAAGUGGCCUAUUACGUCGUCUCGGUCGAUUAUGGCUCGCGUCACAAGUGCGAGAGCUGGAGCGCAGCGGCCAGGCGGACGUUCCCUCGCUGCUGGCCGUGGACACCGCGACCCUCUACAAACACCUUCGAAGAAUCAAGCAGUUGUUGCGCACGCGGAAUUUCAUAUUUCUCGUCCCCACCGUUGUGUUGCAGGAACUAGACGAGUUGAAGCGUGAGCGCAGUUCCGCUCGUGACGCCAUCCGUUGGCUUGAAAUACAACUCAAGAGCGGCUCGCGGUUUCUACGAACUCAGCGACCCGGCCAGUCGAGACCUCUGCCUCUAUUGAAGUGCCCACGAAAGGCACCGCCGCAUGUACACAAUUUCAUGCAGAUACUGGAAUUUUGCAACCACUUCACGGCUGAUGAGAAACAAAGCCAAGGAGGUAACGGCGACCCCGACAAUUCAGUGCACGGAAAAUCAGCUCCACUAUUAAUAUUGCUCGUCGGUAACGAACCAGGAAAGACUGAUGAGCAAUACAAAGAAUUUAGUCUGACUGGUGCGGCGCAGGCUUCGGGUAUCACUGUGCAGUAUAUCGGAGACUUCUACACGAAAUGGCGUCAAACGAUGCACAAGAGCGGCAAGAAGAGAUGAAAGAGAAAGCUCUGCCUUCAGGACUCGAUCGCUGGAAAGGGAAUUGACGCGAUGCCCUUCAAACGGCCAACAGAUCAUUAUCGUUCAGUGAUAGGAUUUGUACACGCUCACCGCGAGCGUAAUAAUGCAUUAGCAACGGUUGAUUCAACCAUAAUUCGACGUUGAAUUAAAGUUGCCCUCUGUCUAACAAGCAUUGUCAUUUUAAAUCAUUAUUAAUUCAUUUCCACACGUUACACUAUCGGGGUGCAAUUUUUUUUAUAACUCAUAAUCGGGAUCAAUUUUAUUUGUGCAUUAUUUGGAUAUAUAUUUUUCAUCUGUCAUCAUAAUAAAUAUUUGUAACUCAAAA